AUGUAUUUGCAACUGUAUACUAUUCUUAUUAUCUAUGUGGUUUCACCAAAUGUGAUUGAUGCACAAGAUUUUUUUCAAGCACAACUAUCACCAUUGAUUCUCACAUCCGUACCAUAUUUAGAUGGUGAAGUAGCUGUCUAUGAACACAAACAAAACAAUUCGCGUCUAUUUGUACCACCUUUGGCAACACUUUAUCUGAAUCAGACACGCGUAAUUUAUAACCCACUUCUCAAAAGCAAUGUACUUCGCCUUUCAUUAAUCUUGUACACAAAUGAAUUACGUGAAACUAUUUUAAAUUAUCUAUCAAGUUCGAAAAACCGGUGUAAUUCCAUUUACGAAAAAUGUGAUAUUAAAAUGGUACCCAUUGAACGCCUUCGCAUUAUAUGGAAACGUACUGAUCAUUUUGCAUCUGACUAUAAAUUAGAUACCAGUUGGCUAUCGAACACAGCACUUCUGAAUAAAAUUGAUGUCCAUAUUAGAUGUUUAACAAAUGAAACAUGCUCUACGUUAAAGAAAAGUGUUUUAGAAACUCCAGAAAUAUUAAAUGGCUUAGAAUUAGAAUAUAGUACACGAACUGAAAAGCAAACACGUAAACUAGUUACCAUUACGGGUCAACAUGUUAUGAAAACGCAAAUGUAUUCAGAAUUAAAACAACUACCAUCAUCAACUGUUGAUAGUAACAUACGUUAUCUGUUUAUUGAUGAUAUGAAUCAAUUUAUAACUGAAAUAUUCACGACAGUAGAAUUGGAAGAAAUAAAAGAUUCAGAUUAUAUGGCACACGAUGAUCAAAAAGCAUUAAAAGAACUCUUAAGACAAUCUCUUUCUUCAAACUUAGAAACUUUAAGUGAUCAUUCAGAACAACAAUGGAAUUUAGUGUAUUGGAAGUUCGAUAGUAUACGUCCAGAUCGUAUCAUCCAUCUAUUAAAUGAUGAAUUGAAACAAUUGCAAAAUAGAACAACCGAUACAGAUAAAAAUACAAAGUCAAAAAUAAGUGUUGGUGAUCAAGAUAACAAAGUUCUGAAUAACAUAUCUGAUAGUGAAGCAAAUAAAAGACGCAGUACCAUUUCUAGAUCUCGUUCAAAUUAUGAAAUUCAUGAAUGGUGUGAUGCAAUUAGUAAAUAUAGUAAUCCCAAGCAUAGUAGAAAUACUUUAUGCAGAAAAACACACACAAUUACAGAUGGAUUAUCGUUGUGUAAUGAACAAAAUUGGUAUCAUAUAGCCAGUCUUGAUCGGCAAGCAACAAAUAGUGAUAGUGAAGCAGAACAAGAUGAACAGUCUUUCCAAGAUUUAAGACAAAAGAAUUUUGAUUUCUAUACGAAUAAUCAUCAAUUUAUUGAAUUUACUGGUGAAAAGUUCGUUGCCAAACCUGUUAAAGCUUACAAAGUGAAUCUAGCUUUCUUUCAAGGACAUACAAAAUUUGUACACAAAAGCAUCAUCGUAUCCCAUAUGGAAUUGAUCCAUGCUGUACCAAUUCGAAUUCUGUCAUUAUCAUCAGAUGCAGUAAUUACAACGGUACCAGUCACUGAUGCCUGUACAAAUGUGUUUCAAUGGAAAUUACUUGAACUGAAUAGAACCCUAAAUCUGAAUUUUGAACUUGCAAUGCAUCAGUUAAACAAACAGCUUGCAGAACUCCGAUCAUCAAUCACAGCAAGCGAAACCAUUAGUAAAAACUUAGAAAAUCAAAUGAACAAACAAUACACAGAACUUACAUCAAUAAUAACAACUAUGAAUAAUCGAUUGUCGUCCCAUUUAAAUGAACAUCGGCUACCACUACCUACAAGUUUAGUUGAUAUUCAUCCGAAUACAACAUGGUCAACGAAUGGUAUCACUGUUGCUGGAGGAAAUGGAUUAGGCAGUGGAAUUAAUCAACUUUAUUGGCCAUGGGGUUUGUACAUCGAUGACAAUGAUACGAUUUAUGUCGCUGAUUACUAUAAUCACCGCAUUGUGGAAUGGAAACCUGGUGCAACGAAUGGCACAGUAGUUGCUGGUGGAAAUGGACAAGGAAAUGGAGCUCAUCAGUUAUAUAAUCCAUAUGAUGUGAUUAUGGACAAAACGAGCGAUAGUCUCAUCAUCUCUGAUAACGGUAAUAGAAGAGUAGUUCGAUGGCCUCGUCGAAAUGGUACCCGUGGAGAAACGAUGAUUUCAAAUAUCGGUUGCAUCGGUUUGACAAUGGACGAUAAUGGUUAUCUCUAUGUUGUUGACAAUGAAAAACACGAAGUAAGACAAUAUAAAAUGGGUGAGACUCAAGGCACGGUGGUUGCAGGUGGCAAUGGACAAGGAAAUCGUCUCGAUCAACUCUCUUAUCCUCGCUACGUAUUUGUCAAUCGAAAUCAUUCGGUUUAUGUGUCUGAAUAUGGAAAUCAUCGUGUAAUGAAAUGGAAAGAAGGUGCAAAACAAGGUAUUGUCGUAGCCGGUCAUCAAGGACAUGGAAAUAGUCUUGUACAAUUGAAUUAUCCUUAUGGAGUCGUUGUCGAUCAAUUGGGUACUGUCUAUGUGGCUGAUUGUCACAAUCAUCGAAUCAUGCGUUGGUCAAAAGGAACCAUACAAGGAAGUGUUAUUAUUGGUAGAAACGGUAAAGGAGCAGAAUCAAAUCAACUUGAUAGUCCUGUAGAUUUAUCAUUCGAUCGAUAUGAACAUGCUAGAGCUAAAGAAUUAAGAGAAAAAGCCGGUUCAAAUGAUCUGGCACAAAUAAAUGUAACAGAAAACGGUGGAAAAUUAUUAUGA